CAGUGUACAGCCCUCAGUGUACAGCCCUCUUUAGAGACCUCAGUGUACAGCCCUCAGUGUACAGCCCUCUUUAGAGAUCUCAGUGUACAGCCCUCUGUAGGGACCUCAGUGUGCACACAGCUGCCACUAGCCGGCCCUUUUCUCUCUCUUUCCCUCUCUCUCUCUCUCUGGGCACACGUAGUAUUUGGCAGCUCCCCCCUCAGUCAGAUCCGUUAGACACACAGAGGAAAGCAGCACUGAGCUCAGAGCUGGUGAAGAGGAAGCAUAAAGUUUAGUGCGGAGUGUGCGCUCUGUAUAUGAACUUACCCUGUGCUGGCCGCUCACUCCAACCUGAGGAAGACAUCACCUCUCCGGCUCUAAAGGUAAACCUCUCUCCUCACCUCACAUCAUGCCAACCUUCGACGAAGUUUUACAGGAGGCCGGGGAGUUCGGCCCCUACCAGAAGAGGGUAUUCAUUCUUCUAUGUAUGACCGGCAUCACCUUCGCCUUCUCCUUCGUCGGUAUCGUGUUCCUCGGACAGAUGCCGGAGAGACAUUGGUGCCGGAGCUCUGAGGUGAUACAAAUAAGUAAGAACUGCAGCUGGAGCCCUGAGGAGGAGAGGAACUUCACAGUGCCCAGAGUCCCCGGCCACAAAGAGCAGUUCAUGUGUUAUAUGUAUGACAUAGACUGGAAGAAUGGCACCUCAGAGCUCAGCUGUACCAACCCUAUGUAUUCCUUCACCAACCACAGCCUGGACCAGCUGCCAGUCACACCGUGCCAUGAGGGCUGGGUGUAUGAGCAGAACAGGACCACCAUCAUCAGUCAGUACAACCUCGUAUGUUCUGAUGCCUGGAAACUUGACAUGACACAAUCUUCACUCAACUUGGGAUUCUUAAUAGGGGCUCUGAUUUUAGGUUAUGCAGCAGACAGAUAUGGAAGAAAAGUUACAUACCUGAUAUCUUCCUUUGGAGUGGGACUAUCUGGAAUCGGUGCAGCAUUUGCACCAAACUUGUAUGUUUUUUUAUUUUUUCGGUUCCUACAAGGCGUCUUUGGAAAAGGAACUUGGAUGACUUGUUAUGUUAUUGUAACAGAGUUGGUGGGAUCAAAACAAAGACGUAUUGUUGGCAUUGUCGUUCAGAUGUUUUUCACAUUGGGAGUCAUGAUCAUUCCUGGUAUUGCUUAUUUGAUUCCUACAUGGCAAGGCAUCCAGUUGGCUAUUUCUUUGCCAAACUUCCUCUUUCUUGUUUAUUACUGGUUUAUCCCAGAAUCCCCGCGCUGGCUGUUAAUACGUAAAAAAAAAGACAAGGCUGUGCGCAUCAUUAGUGAAAUUGCGAAGCACAAUGGGAGAUAUCUUACUCCAAAUUAUUGCCAGAUAACUGUAUCUGAUGAAGAAGUUACCAAUCCUACAUGCAUGGAUCUGGUCAGAACUCCACAAAUGAGAAAAUGUACUGUAAUUCUUAUGUAUGCAUGGUUUACAAGUGCAGUCAUCUACCAGGGUCUUGUUAUGCGCUUAGGAAUUGUAUCUGGGAAUCUAUAUACAGACUUUUUUAUUUCUGCUGUGGUGGAGUUACCGGCUGCUGUUCUUAUUUUAGUCUCGAUUGAUCGCAUUGGGAGGAAACUUCCGUUUGCAUUGAGUAAUGCUGGAGCAGGAAUAGCUUGUCUAAUAACUGCUGCAAUACCGACAGAUGUAAUGUGGCUUAAAAUAACGUUGGCCACACUAGGACGACUGGGAAUCACAAUGGCUUUUGAAAUAGUAUACUUCAUUAAUACAGAACUCUAUCCAACACCACUGAGAAAUUUUGGUGUAUCUAUAUGCUCAGGAAUGUGUGAUUUUGGAGGAAUUAUUGCACCCUUUCUUCUCUUCCGGUUGGCUGAAAUAUGGGUGGAGCUGCCGCUCAUCAUAUUUGGAAUUCUUGGUCUUAUAUGUGGUGGUCUCGUUGUGUUGCUACCUGAAACAAUGGGAAUAUCCUUACCAGAAACAAUUCAAGAUGUUGAAAAUCUUGCUAGACCUCGUAAAGCUGGGGGAAAAAAGAAGAUGGACAAUGACGUUUACCAAGGCCAUAUAAAAAAUGAUUUAAGAUUAUGACCUUCAAUGAGACACAACAUUUUGUAAAGUUAAUCAGGAUUUGUCUGCUACCUGUUUGUACAUGUGUAUAUAUACUGUAUAUGAUAAACUGUAAAAUCUGUUAUGCACUCUAUAAUACAGCUCCAAUAAAUGUCAAGAACCGCCAUAGGGCAUUUCAAA